AACGUGUUGCUACAGCAACAGACACUCAACAGAGGGGGGAAAAAUCUCAUGGUAGUAGCUAGGCUGUGAAAUCUUGGGUGAGCAAAUGUCGAGAGAUGAGCAGGCGAAGAGGGGUGGAAAAGGAACGGCAAGACCCAGCUCGAAAACGUCUUACGUCUCUGCCAGUCUCCGGCAGUUUCUGAAGUCAUACGAAAGACAUUGUGUGGAAAGUGAGAGCUGCAUCAGUCCCUCUGUGAGGCGAGAUGUCCUGCGAUGCAUCGAGAAGGAGAAAAACAUGACUAAGAUCACACUCACCUUCCCGGAGAACACACCCGGGACUCACGUGUCCCCCAGCCUUUGGCCCCUCCUCCAAACGGUGCGGGACACACGCUACACACACGGGCGCGAGCUGACCGUCUGGGACCUGUCACCAAGACAACAGGAUGUCGCCGAUCUAUGCCUCCUGCUGGAGAAGCGGGGUAGGACGGAGUACCCUUUCAGACAGCUGGGGCUGCUGGACUGCAGACUGGACGUCUGGUCCCUGGGGCGGCUGGGUCGGGCUGUGGCACUCAGCUCCCUUACCUCCCUCUGUCUGGACUAUACCCCUGUUGGAGAGGAAGGAGUGAGAGCACUACUGUGUGGCCUAGAGGGGGACAACCAUGUCCUUUCCCUGAGUUUGUGUUACUGUUCCCUGGGCCCAAGCAGUGGAACUCUGUUGGGUGCCCUGGUCUCGAGGAGUGCUGUCAGCCUUGGAAAUCUCACCUCUUUACCCAGAGAUCUGUAUGUCAAUGGCAAUGACCUGCAGUGUGGGGGCGCCACUGAGCUGGUGGACGUGCUGGUGAAACACGCAGAGCGCCUCGCCCUGGAGGAGCCCAGCACCCUUGCAGCUGACCCAACAGGCAUUACCAACUCAAAGCCACUGAGGAGCAGUACGGCAUCUUCAAAGGGAAAAAAGAGAAAGAGAAAAGGGAAGAAGAAGAAGUCUGUAACCACGCCUGCAGAAAUUGGGCCUUGGCUGGAGAAGCUUCACCUCUCAGACAAUGCUAUCGACACGUUUGGCCUGGGAAGGACUGUUACAGCGAUGAGUUUCACACAAACAAUCUGCUUGUUGAUCAAGCUCUCAACUCACCUGGUGGAGCUGGACCUCAGUGAGAACCACAUUGGGGAUGAGAACGGAAAACUGCUUCUGGAGGCCCUGCAGGACAGGAGAGCGGGUGAAAAGACAGUGUUAAAAGUCAAAGUUACCACCCAGAUGAGUGCAGACACAUUUGCUGCCAUCUUGAAGAAUUCCAAGAAACUGAAGUCUGUGAAAAAGAAAAAGAAAAAAAAGGCACAAAAAUGAGGAUUUUCAUCUCUGGAAGGAAGUCAAUCUGAACUGACAAAAGAGUUGACAUUAAUGCAGGACAUAAAUUGCACAUGUAUGUGGAAUUCAUGAAUAAUGUAAAUAUUGGAACACAGCUGGAUU